AAUUUAUAUGACGUAAAAUGAAACUAGGUUUUUAAUUGGUCGCACAUUUCUUUCGGUCAUCCAGGAUACUAGCAACCUGAAAGAUCCAGCCAUGGACCUUGUUCUGAACGUUGCUGAUCAUUACGUUCUCACGCCAUACGUGUACCCGUCGUCGUGGCCUGAGGACGGGGCCCAGCGGCAAAUCAUCAGCCUCUUGGUCUUGACGAACCUCGGGGCUGCCGUCCUGUACCUGGGCCUGGGAGCCAUCAGCUACUUUUUCAUCUUUGACCACAAUCUAAUGAAACAUCCACACUUCUUAGAGAACCAAGUAUGGAGAGAAAUCAAAUAUGCGAUGACCUCUCUGCCCUGGAUCAGCGUUCCCACUGUGGCCUUGUUCUUUGCCGAAGUUCGAGGCUACAGCAAACUUUAUGACAGCGUCAGCGACUCCCCGCUAGGUUGGUCGGGGCUUUUCCUGAGCAUGGUCUCCUUCCUGCUUUUCACCGACAUGUGCAUCUACUGGAUCCACCGCUUCCUGCACCAUAAGCUCAUUUACAAGAUGUUCCACAAGCCUCACCACAUCUGGAAGAUCCCCACUCCUUUUGCGAGCCAUGCCUUCCACCCAGUUGAUGGCUUCUUGCAGGGCCUCCCGUACCACAUCUACCCCUUCCUCUUCCCCCUCCACAAGGUGCUUUACUUGGCUCUCUACGUUUUCGUCAACAUCUGGACCAUCUCCAUCCAUGAUGGCGACUAUCGCGUUCCAGAUUCUCUGACGAGCGUCAUCAACGGGGCAGCUCACCACACCGACCACCAUCUCUUCUUUGAUUACAACUACGGCCAGUACUUCACUCUGUGGGACCGCCUGGGAGGCUCCUACAGACACCCGUCCGCUCUGAUGGGCAAGGGUCCCAUCGCUCUGAUCCGGAAACUUCAAGCCGAGGGAAAGUUGGGGAAAGGUCAGGCAAACGGCGAGAGGGGAGUGGCGUGUAAGGAGGAGUAAAUGGUGAGAGACGGCGUGUUACACUUUUUUAAUCAGCUGGAAAAAAUGCUCCCAAAAAAAUCAAGAGUUCCUGUUCGCCAAAAUAAGCCUUUAGAUUCAGAACCCAGCAGCCACGAAUCCACAUCAUUAGAGGUGAGUUUUGCUGUUUUCACACAUAAAAAUCAUCCAACCUGGAAAGUGACAGACUGGGUCAUCGGUGCAAAAGUUAAGUGCUUUUUUGGAAACCUACAAGUGGCAGAGUGAAAAACCUGAGGAGCAACUAAAAGCUGGAGCUGCUGCACAACAGUGACAAACGCUGACUGUUAAUGAGAAUAAUGAAACGAGACGAAACCUGUAGCAGCGAUGUCAAGUUUGCACUCGCUGCCUCUGUUAGAGGGGAACAAAAACAACCUGUGUUAAGGCAAGCUGCAAAUAAAAACACACACACAUCAUUUCCAACCAACAGUUUUUGCAGCUCAAAUCUUAAUAGAUACACAUUUCUGCCACGUUGAAUCACAGAAACUCUUCAUGUUGUUUUAUGUUUCCAGAAUAAACGGGAUCAUUUAGAGCUACUUCA